CUCCUGCACGCGGGUCUGUACCGCUGCCCCCUGUUUUAAAAUGACCUCUCCUUAUUUCAUGCACAGCAGAGCCAGAGUCACCCGGAGAGCUAACCAGACAGCCAGCCGCAUACCUACGGCCUCUCUCGGGUCCAAACUUACCAACAGACGGAGGGACGAGGCUCCGCAUUCCUCCGUGGCGGUGAAGGAGGAGGAGGAGGAGGCGAGGAUCUCUGAGGAAAGACCCUCCUCGGCCUCCUUAUCUACGGGUGGUUGCCAUGAACCCCAACACACCGCUGUGCAGCCAAAAACAGAAUCUAACGCUGUCCUGCUAACGUCACCUCACCGGAGGAGGAGGCAGGUAAAGUUGGAAUAUGACAACGAUGAUGGCGUUUUGCCGGUGAAGACAGAGCGCUGGGAGCCGCCUGAGUGGAGGAAACAGUUAGGAUUUAUUCGUGAGAUGAGGAGCAGUCGUGAUGCACCUGUAGACAGCAUGGGAGCAGAGAAAUGCUACGACACAGAAGCUCCUGCACACGUGAGACGUUUCCAGAUAUUGGUAUCACUCAUGCUGUCCAGUCAGACCAAGGACCAGGUGACAGCAGCGGCUAUGCAGAAGCUCCGAGCUCACGGCUGCACAGUGGAAAACAUACUGGCUACCGAUGAUGAGACGUUGGGAAAACUUAUCUACCCUGUCGGCUUCUGGAGGAAUAAGGUGAAGUUUCUGAAGCUGACGUCGGCCAUGCUGCAGAAGGAGUUUGGAGGGGACAUCCCGGACAGCGUGGAGGGGCUGGUCCGCCUGCCAGGAGUUGGACCCAAGAUGGCUCACCUGGCUAUGGGCAUUGCGUGGAACCAGGUGUCCGGCAUAGGUGUGGACACGCAUGUGCAUCGCAUCUCUAACAGGUUGGAGUGGCUCAAGAAGCCGACCAAGAACCCAGAGGAAACACGCAAGGCACUGGAGGAGUGGUUACCUAGGGAGCUGUGGAGUGAGAUCAACUGGCUGCUGGUGGGGUUUGGACAGCAGGUUUGUCUUCCUGUCAACCCUCUCUGCUCUGUGUGUCUGAACCAGCACAGCUGCCCGUCUGCCCACAAGACCUCUCCCACUAAGAGGCCUAAAGCUGGAUCCCCGCGCUCUCCAAGUCCAACUUCUCCCUUCCACGCAAAAACUGAACCUGGAUCUGCUGUCAAAGAUGAGAGAAUAAAAGAGGAGUCACUGCCCACACCUGUUUCCCCCACCACACACAGAAGGAAGCUAAAACAGCAUUAACCACUGAUUAAAGGAGCCUUGUGGAGUUUUCUUGCAAACAAAGUGAUGUUUAUAUUCAAUGUUACUCGCCAAAAUGCAUGUGUGCAUCCAUGAAGUCCAACAAACAGGUUGAAUGCAUUUCAAUACUCAUACAACACAUGAAGAGCUGAUUUUUGUUUUGUUGAAUGUUUAACAUCUAUGUUUGCCAGCUUUCAGUUUUCACUGCCUACUAAUGAAAACACUGCACUACUCAUGGUCAAAACCUCCACAAGGUACCUUUAAGUUGUAACAUUAAGUCUUAGAGCUGUGACCAAACGUUGAGCAAGAACAAUGUACGCACACGAGAUGAAAAUAUGCAUUUAAGCUAAAUAUUGAUGUCAAUACGGUUUAUGAUGUGUGUAGUCAAUUCCAUCACUUUAUUUUAUUUAACACUAUGUAAUGACACCGUUUUACACUUCAAGUGAGAUUAAAUAUUUUUGUACCGAUAGCUAUUUUCUUUUUACAAAA